AUGUUAAAUCACAGAAUUUAUUUCUUGUCCAUCUUAACAUUGAUACUAAACCUUAAUUUUAUUAAAAAUGCUCUGGCUUGCCCCUUUAGUACUUAUCAAGAGGCAAUAAUAAAUAGUGGUAGCUAAAAAUGGAUGAAAUCCUUAGAAAUUGAUAAUAAGUCAAAUGGAGAUGUAUUUAUAUUUGGAUUUUGGACUUUCAGCAUUCCAUUGUUAAUUCAAACUGAUAAUGUAAAUGUUGGUGAAGAAUUUAAAAUUAAUGAACUUUAGACUGGAGAAUUCCUCUUUUUACUAAAAAAUACUGAAACAAAUGACAAUUUAAUAGUUUGUUAUAAGUCUUUUGAUUAUGUUUAAUAAAAAGUGUAACAUAUAUUUCUGUUAGAAAAUGGUUUGGGGAAUUUUAAAUUCAUUUUUGAUUUCAAUUCAUUACAAUAUGAAGGAAUAUGGGUGUUUCAUUUAGUGGUUUUGGAGAAUUAAUAAAAAAAAAUGAUGGUUAAAGUAAAUUAAUAGGAUGCAUAAUCAGCAGACUUUAGUUAUUAAAACCUAUUAAAUUUAGAAAUAAUAAUUGGUGGAAAAGGAUAUAUCAACAAUUUAAAUCUUAACUAUUUUAAAGGAAUAUAAAGUAAAUUAAUAUUCAAAUCUUCUAUUGAUUAUUCAAAUGUUAUUACUUAAGAACUAAUGAAUGAAUGCUAGAUUCCUUAAAAAAUAGGACUUGAAUAGACCAUCAACAUUGUACAAGGAUUAAAGUUAUUUGAAGGAAACCAAGUUCUAUAGAUGCUAAUCGAUCAAUAUGGAAAUAAAUAUUGUAUACAAGGAUGGGUUAAAUACACAUUGACAACUGUAAGUGAUCAAAAAUAUACUUUAUUAAAAUUAAAGGGGAUUUCUAACUUUGAAUAAGAAAAAACUUUAGGAGAUGAAUUAUUCAAGGUGGAUGUAUUUGUAUCUUAAAAUAUACCAGAAUAAACAUAUAUGAUGGUGAAUGUUGAUGCAUAUGGUAUGCCAGUUUAAUAAUCAUUUCAAUCUCAAUAUGAUUUAAUUUUUUAAGGAUCAUCAAAUCCUGAUUAUAGUGUAUUACAGACAAGAAAAAAGUAUUAGGAUUUAAAUUCGUAGCUUUAUUAUGAUGGAUUAUAAGAAUGGCAUUUUAUUUAGUAUGAGUAUGGAAGGAGCAGCUUUGAUGAAAGAAUGUUAUUAAUCAUUAAAUUUUCAAAUGAAUUAGGACUUUUAAAGGACAAUUUAGGAAAUGAUAUAUUUAGUGGAACAUUUACGAAUUCUAAAUUUAAUCUAUUUUUUGGUGGAGAUAACUUAAAUAAUGUAAUUAAUAAUAAUUUUCUCAAUGCUCAAAUUUAUAAUUUUAAGAUGCAGUACAAUUAUAACGAAGAAAAACUGUUUAAUGUUGAUUGCCAUUACACAUGUUUGACUUGUUUUGGACCAUUGGAAAAAAAUUGCUUAACUUGUGAUCCUAAUUCGAAUAGAUAUUAUUAGGAUGAAUUAAAAAUAUGCGAGUGUUUCUCAGGUUCCGUUGAAAAGGGUAAUAUUAAAUGUGAGAAUUAAUUAUACUUUUCAAUAAUUCAAGAAGAAAUUGCAAUAGAGUUAGAAGAUAAAUGUCCUUUUGGAUAUUUUAUGUUACCUGAUGAGAUAGGAAGUAAUUAUGAUUGUCUAGAAUGUCCAUCUUUGAAGAGAACUACAUCAAUUUAAUGUGUUGAUUGUUUGUUCUAUCCAAAAACAUGGUAUCUAAACCCAGUAAUGUAAAUAAGAUUAUCAAUAAAUAUUUUAAAAAUAUCAUGA